GAUCUUGUACAAUUUGUUUCCCCAACCGCUGCCCUUGCGGACACACGACACGGAGAAGAGGCUCGUGCUCCUGCAGCCCACCGCGACAGGCUCCCCCGAGAUCUCCACCGCCCGCCGCGGCAGAUCCACCCAUCAGCACCCCCGCCGGCGAGGUCCCACGCUCGGAUCCCGGCGAUGGCGGGGAUGGAGGCAUUCGAGGCCUACUUCCGCCGCGCGGAUUUGAACCAGGACGGCCGCAUCAGCGGCCAGGAGGCCGUCGCCUUCUUCCAGAGCGCCAACCUGCCGCAGCAAGUCCUCGCUCAGGUGUGGAUGCACGCCGAUCAGAACAAGACUGGCUUCCUCGGCCGGCCGGAGUUCUACAACGCCCUCCGCCUCGUCACCGUGGCGCAGAGCGGGCGUCAGCUCACGCCUGACAUAGUGCAGUCGGCGCUGUAUGGUCCUGCCGCUGCUAGAAUUCCAGCUCCAAAGAUAGCAACGGGGCCAUCUCCUCCGCAGAUAGGCACGGCGGGGGCUUCAAGGCCCCAGGGGAGUGCUGCGAUGACGCCCGCUCCAGGGCAGGUUGGAGCCGCGCAGAUGAAUCCGGCUACUGCUCCAAGGUCCCAGGGAAGUGGUAUGAUGCCGACUUCUACUCAAGUUAGUGCGCCGCAGGUGAACCCUGGAGCCGUUCCAAGGCCCCAAGGGAUCAAUUCUACGAUGCCAGCUGCAAGUCAGGGUGGUGCUCUGCAGGCAACACAAUUUGCUGGACCAAGGGCAAUGCAAUCACAGCCUCCUAACAUGGGAUUUAAUCAACUGCCCCCUUCAAGUACCGGUUUCAUGAGGCCACCUCAGGUGGGAGCUCUGGCAACAUCACUUCAAGCUCAAUCACCUGGUAUUAAUCAAGGUCUACAUGGUGGAGUCAGCAUGGGAGGAUCUGUUGGUUGGCAAGGAGGUAAUGUUAGUUCUGUUGGAGGUGCUCCGCAAGCUACAUCAGGAGGAGCUGCACCUUCUCAGACAGCACGAGGUGGAUUUGGUCUUGGAUUGCCUAGCUCAAUGGGCAUGGCUCCUGGACUGCAGGCGCAAGCAAUGUCCUCAUCACCAUUGCCUCCACAGAUCAACAGUACUGUAUUGCCACAAGAUUCAAAAGCCUUGGUGUUGUCUGGAAAUGGCCCUGCCAGUAGCUCAGGAUCAAGCACUGACAUCUUCUCCGCUCUUACGCAGCCAAAGUCAAGUGUAUCUGCACCUACACUUCUGACAAGCUCGAUGCCCAGCUCAUCCAGUUUUAUGUCCACGCCCACUGGCUCCCAGAAUCUGACGAAUCUAGCACAGCUUGGUUCUUUGCAAGGUAGCGGCCAACCUCAACAGACUCAGCCUAUCACAAAGCCCAGUGUUCCUGCACCAACUGCAUCUGAUGUUUCUGCUGGGGUUUCUAACUUAGCUUCCCAAUGGCCAAAAGUUACUCAAUCUGACAUCCAGAAAUACAUGAAAGUCUUUGGGGACGUUGACAGGGACAGAGAUGGCAAAAUAACUGGCGCAGAAGCUCGCACUCUGUUCCUCAGUUGGAGACUUCCAAGAGAGGUCCUGAAGCAAGUGUGGGACUUGUCUGAUCAAGAUAAUGACGGCAUGCUUUCUCUGAGAGAAUUUUGCAUUGCUCUUUAUCUAAUGGAGAGGCACCGAGCUGGAACUCCUCUGCCUCCGGCUCUUCCUGACUCUCUUAAACAUGAUGAGACCCUGUUACGAGCUACAGGCUUGCCUUCAACAUCAUACAAUGGUCCGUCGUGGCAACAGAAUCAAGGAUUACCGCAAAGGGGACCUGGAGCACCUGGGUUGCCCGCUGGUGGUGUGCGGCCACCCUUACCACCACAUUUGCAUUCACAAACUGAUGUGGCUAGCAGGCCAGGGCAACCAAGAUCUCAUCUGCCCAGUAUGGGUAAUCAUGCAGUGACUCAAGGAAGCAAAGAUGACAGAAGUGGAAUGAAUCCAGUUGGACAGGAGAUGGUGGAUGCUCCUAAGAAGGUUGAGGUGGAGAAGCAGAUCCUGGAUUCUAGAGAGAAACUGGAGUACUACCGCACUUUGAUGCAGGAUCUUGUCCUGUUUAAAAGUCGGUGUGACAACAGGCUGAAUGAAAUCACAGAAAGGGCAUCUUCUGAUAAACGCGAGGUGGAAUCGUUGGCUAAGAAAUACGAAGAGAAGUACAGGCAAGUGGCAGAGUUAGCUUCCAAACUGGCAGUUGAAGAACAUGCAUUUCGCGAUGUUCAGGAGAGGAAAGUUGAGCUACAUGACGCGUUAAUUAAAAUGGUACAAGGUGGGAGUGUUGAUGGUUUGCUUCAGGUUCGAGCCGAUCGAAUCCAAUAUCAAUUAGAGGAGAUGGAGAAAGCUCUUAGUGAACGGUGCAAGCACUUUGGACUGCAUUUCAAGCCGUCUGCAUCAAUUGAGCUUCCUUCUGGCUGGGAACCUGGACCACAAGAGGGAACCAUUGAGUGGGAUGAAGACUGGGAUAAAUUUGAGGACGAAGGGUUUGGUAUUGUUAAGGAUAAUGGUACGAUACAUGAAAACCCAAUUUCUGCUGAAAAUACAAAAGUACCAUCUCUUUGGGAUGAUGGGGAUAAUAUGUCCCCUGUUGCAUCUUCUAAUGGUCAUAUCAAGGAUGAAAGGCGUUAUAGUAAUGGUGAUCAAGUAGCUGAGAGUGAAAUAGGGUAUGAUUUUGGUGAUGAAUCUGUGAGGAGCCCUGGCAGUGCUGGAAGAAGUGCCUCAGGAAGUCCAUUUAAGUCUUCCCGCUUUGGUAUGCAUGACACAUCUCCCAGCAAAAGAGAAAGCUACAGUGACUAUGGUGGUUCCGAAUCCGUUUUUGGUGACAAGUUUGCUGAUGAAACUUCCUGGAACUUUGAUGAUCAAGAUACUGAAUCUGUUUGGGGCUCUAGUGCACUCAACACUGAGGCUGACCAUCGUGGCGGCACAAAUAACUCUUUCUUUGGGUCUGAGGUGGGUUCACCAAGUGGCGCUAGUGCAUUUGGAGCAAAGAGAAGUUCAUUCUUUGAUGAUUCUGUUCCAAGUACCCCUGCAUACACAUCUGGGUUCUCACCAAAAUUCAGUGAAAGCCGCGAUGAUAGCUCCUCUUAUAAUUUUGGGAGGAGGUUUGAUUCCUUCAGAUCCCAAGACAGUGGAUUCUUCCCUCAGGAAAGUCGUUUUUCCAGGUUUGACUCCAUAAGCAGCUCCAAAGGCGAGAAUGUAACAGGAUUUGAUGCAGGGAAUAGCUCGAGAAAUUUUGGUCGGUUUGACUCUUUUGAUGAUUCAGAUCCAUUUGGUUCAAGUGGACCUUUUAAAGCAUCUGGAAGCCGGUCUCCCCCCAAGUUCUGAUAUGCCUAUCUGCUCUUAUUAGCUUAUUUGUCCAUACAAGGCUCAGAUUCUUUGAGGAAAUUCCGAGUUUUCAUGCCAUGGAUACCUUUUUGCUUGACAUUUCAGCCGUUUGCCUUGUGUGCAAUUUUUCAUGCCCAUCUCACGUACAAAGUGGACAGGUUUUGGUUAUAUUCUUUGUAUUUUUUUUCCUGAAACCUUUGUCUGUAUCAUGUAAAUUACACCGACUUUGUCUUUGUUUAUAGUUUAUAUGUAUGGAGCAACCACCGGUCAAAAUCUUUUUCUUUCUUCAUUUCUUCUGUAUACUGGUUCAAGACUUGAGUGAACUGGGAAAAGCUUUGGCAUUGUUUGUA